UCUACUGUGGGACGGAAAGAAACUAAAGAAGGAUCUCUCCUGUUUUGACAAUGUUCCAUUCUGCCAUUUUAUAGUUUUUUUGUGUGAGAGAAGGCAGAGAUAGCAGCUAAAUGGAGGCGGUGUUUCCUGCGAUGAGCCACCACUAAACAAAUAGCAGAAGUGCAUGUGAACUGUGCAGAGCUGGUGUUGAGGUGUUGUGAAUUUGACUUCCGACUGCUGAAAACAAAAAGGAAGUUAUCAUCAGAGUGCUAAAAAAAAGAAAGAAAUACUAUCGUAGCUCAAUACGACACUGAUCAGUAUGGACCGCGGGUUCCUCCAGAACACAAGGAUGACUUUGAUCUACUCGGUGAUUCUCUGCCUCUUUGUUGAGGCUUGGAGCAUAAGGCUUUGUAUCAAAGAGUUAACCAAGAGACCAAUUGUGUGGACUUCUACCAUGGCGGAGGGACAAGCUGGCACACUGACAUGUACGACUGAAGCAUUAUGCAGCGGAAGCCCACAGGUCCACUGGGAAUGGACUAAAGCGGAUGGACAAUCCAUAUCGCUACAUGGCGAUAGUUUGCUGUGUUUAAUUGUGGACUUUUGUUAUAAGGCUAUUAAUACAUUAAAACUCACUCCUAUCGCCGAGGACCACAACACCGACAUCACAUGUGUGGCAGUUUACGAUCACGCGGUUGUCAAGACAACCGUCCCCUUGACUUUGAGAUUUCCUCCUAAGAUCCAAAACGGUUCCCAGUGCAUGGUUGAAGGGAAGCUUGUGGUCUGUGUGUGCAUCAGUCGGGGGAAUCCUCUGCCACUGAUCGCCUGGCCUUGUGACUCUCUCACCAACUUCUCAGUCACCAGCUGGAGCCACAUCCAGACAGUUCACAGCACCAUCACGAUGCUCGCUGCCGACCACAACGCCAUCAAAUGCAUCAGCAGCAACGAACUGGGCCGGAUCGAGUAUGAACCGGCGCUCCUGAACUACGCGAACAACAAUUGGUCUGAUGGUAUGAAUCCCAAGCCGCAUGCGGCCCUUCCUUGGAUAAUUGCUGGUGUGUCUUUAAGUGUGAACCUGGUCCUCCUCACCACCCUGAUCACCUGCACAUGGGGUAAGAGUCAACAGAGGGAACCGUGUGAUGAAACGACCUAUGCUACCUUGAAUCAAGUAGAUGAUGGGCAAGAAUAUAGUGUUAUUACACGACGUGCCAGGGCUUGUGCCACCCAAGAAAUCUGAUUGGCCAUCUUUUAUAUUCAAGUACAGGAAUUUUAGAAACCGUUAGAUACUGUAAUGUUAGUAAUAAGUAAGUAAGAGACAGAAAUGGUAAAUAAAUGCUAUUGAUUUGCUUUUGUGUGCGUGCACAUACUUCAUGCUAAGCCGGCAUAAAUCAGGCCCUCUGUUGGGCCACCCAAGUCAAAGAAGUCUUGACACGCCACAGACCAUAAUGUCCUACUGCUCGUUGAGACCCAAUUGCUUUAGUCUUUGAGUUAUGUAUUGUUUCCUUUAUUAAUUUUCAUUAAAUCUUUGAACUACAAA